AUGAUGUCGGAAUUAACCGGUUCCAGAGCUGACAUAGACCGCUGGAUUGAGCAGCUGUCGAAAUGUGAGCCUCUUUCUGAAGAUGAUAUUUAUCAAAUGUGUGAAAUGGCCAAAGGAGUCUUAGCUAAUGAAUCGAAUGUGCAAAGUGUAAGAUGCCCUGUAACUGUGUGUGGUGACAUCCACGGGCAAUUUCAUGACUUACAAGAACUUUUUAAUAUUGGAGGACAUUCUCCUGAUACAAAUUAUUUAUUUAUGGGUGACUACGUGGAUAGGGGUUAUCACAGUGUAGAAACUGUCUCAUUGCUGGUAGCACUCAAAAUACGAUUCCCUCACCGCAUCACCAUCCUUCGUGGUAACCAUGAGUCUAGACAGAUUACUCAAGUUUAUGGAUUCUAUGAUGAAUGUCUUCGCAAAUAUGGCAAUGCCAAUAUAUGGCAAUGCUUUACUGAUCUCUUUGAUUUUUUGCCUUUAACAGCUUUAAUAGAAGACAAAAUUCUCUGCAUGCAUGGAGGUUUAUCUCCUAGCAUCGAUACUUUAGACCAUAUCCGAAUCCUUGACCGUAUUCAAGAAAUUCCUCACGAGGGUCCCAUAUGUGAUCUUUUAUGGUCGGAUCCAGAGGACCGUCCCGGAUGGGGAAUUUCGCCCCGUGGUGCUGGCUACACGUUUGGGCCAGAUAUUGCCGAAACAUUCAAUCACAACAACGGUUUGGACUUGAUUGCCAGAGCUCAUCAACUAGUAAUGGAGGGUUACAAUUGGACAAAUAGUCAUAAUGUAGUAACAAUUUUUUCUGCUCCAAAUUAUUGCUAUCGUUGCGGAAAUCAAGCAGCCAUCAUGGGCAUUGAUGAUCAUAUUAACUAUGCGUUCAUCCAGUAUGAAACGGCUCCCAGAAAAGAUGAAUUGAAAGUUACAAGGAGGACACCAGAUUACUUUUUAUAA